CCAAAUCCAACGCCAACAAACACCAACACAAUCUCUACUUUUAAUCCCUCCUCUUCUCACUCUCAUCCAGAUUGCCACACCACACUGCACCCGUCAGCAAAAGAUUAGAUUUUUCUUCUUCCAUAGGCACAUCCAUCAAAUGGAGCUGAAAUCUCCUGAUCCUUCCUCCCCCAACUCCACCUCCAGCAGCAGCAGCAGCAAUGGAGUGGCCACUGCAGCAGCCCCUUCAUCCGCACCUCUCACUCCCAAGUCCAUACCCAGAUCCAUCGACGCCAAUCCUUCCCCCACCACCUUCGUCCAGGCCGACGCCGGUUCCUUCAAACAGGUAGUCCAGAUGCUGACGGGCUCCGUCGAGACCACCGCCAAGCACGUGGGCGGCACCGUGGCGUCGCCCACAAGGAGCGGGAUCCCGCCCGCCGCUAAGGCCACCGGCCCCAAGAAGCCGGCUUUCAAGCUCUACGAGCGCCGCGGCAGCCUCAAGAACCUCAAGAUGAUAUGUUCUGACCCGAACUCGCCGUUGGGCAGGGCCGCCUUCCCCCCCCGGAGGCAGCCGGAGAUCCUCUCCCCGAGCACGCUGGACCUGCCGUCGUUGACCCUUAGCCCGGUCACGCCGCUGAUCCCUGAUCCUUUCAACCAUUCGGCGGCCGCAGCGGCAGCGUCGUCGGCGGAGGACCGGGCGAUCGCCGAGAAGGGGUUCUACCUCCACCCUUCGCCGAGGACCACGACAGGGGCCGCGGAGCCGCCAAGGCUGCUGCCGCUCUUCCCGGUGACAUCGCCAAGGAUGCCGUCCGCAUCUUCCACCUGAGAUGGCUCAAUUGUACACCUCGGGCGCUCUACCACCAAGCAAACCAAAUCAACGAAGCAUGGACGAACCAUCUCCGUUAUGUUCCCCUUCAGUCUUACUUGUCUCUGCGUGGUCUCUCCUUCAUCAAGAUCAUCUUUUUCUAUCCA